AACAUUCGCUGGCAUUCGGCGGGUCUCACAGUCUCCCUUCAUUCAAGGCACCCAGGCAAGAGCGACGGAACCUUCCCGUUGGCCUUUGAAUCGCACCCAAAGCUUCUCAGACCCAAGUCUUCCAGGUACCUGAAGCUCAGAGAGUUGCAAGAUGGCAAAAAUAUCGCAGGAAGAGAUGGAAGACCUCAGAGAGGCCUUCUCCAAGUUUGAUGUGGGGGCUCAAGGCCACAUCGGCACUGAGGAGCUCAAUGACCUUUUCAAGGCAGCCAACCUGCCCCUGCCAGGAUACAGGAUCAGAGAAAUCAUCCAGGACCUGACCGUAACGGGGGCGCAGCAUGACGGCAAGAUCACCUUCGACGAGUUCAUCAGCGUGGUUCAGAACAUAAAGAGUUUGGAAGUAUCCAAGACGUUUCGGCAGGCCAUCAACAAGAAAGAAGGCAUCUGCGCUGUGGCUGGGACGUCGGAGCAGUCAGGGACCCAGCACUCCUAUGCAGAGGAGGAGAAGGUUGCCUUUGUCAACUGGGUGAACAAGGCCCUGGAGAAAGACCCUGACUGCCAGCACGUCUUGCCCAUGAACCCCAACAAUGAUGACCUUUUUAAAGCCGUGGGAGACGGCAUCGUGCUCUGCAAGAUGAUCAACCUCUCAGUGCCUGAUACCAUCGAUGAAAGGACCAUCAACAAGAAGAAGCUCACACCUUUCACUAUUCAGGAGAACCUGAAUCUGGCAUUAAACUCAGCAUCAGCCAUCGGGUGCCAUGUGGUCAACAUUGGGGCGGUGGACCUGAAGGAAGGCCGACAGCACCUGGUGCUGGGUCUGCUCUGGCAGGUCAUCAAGAUCGGCCUGUUAGCUGACAUCGAGAUCAGCAGGAAUGAGGCCCUGAUCGCCCUCUUGAGGGAGGGGGAAAGCCUGGAGGACCUGAUGAAGCUGUCUCCUGAGGAGCUGCUGCUGCGCUGGGCAAACUACCAUCUUGAGCAGGCUGGCUGUCCCAAGAUCAACAACUUCAGCUCCGACAUCAAGGACUCAAAGGCCUAUUACAACAUACUAAACCAAGUGGCCCCCAAAGGUGACGAGGAGGGCAUCCCACCUAUUACCAUUGAUAUGACAGGAAUAAGGGAGAAGGAAGACCUGAGCAGGGCAGAGUGCAUGCUGGAGCAGGCCGACCGCCUGGGCAGCCGUCAGUUCGUCACAGCGACCGAUGUUGUCCGUGGCAACCCCAAGCUGAACCUGGCUUUUGUCGCUAACCUGUUCCACAAGUACCCUGCCCUCAAGAAGCCUGAGAACCAAGACAUCGACUGGAGCUCCAUCGAAGGAGAGACCAGAGAGGAGCGGACAUUCAGGAACUGGAUGAAUUCUUUGGGUGUGAACCCACGCGUGAACCACCUCUAUGUGGACCUGGAUGACGCUCUGGUCAUCUUCCAGCUCUAUGAGAAGAUCAAAGUGCCAGUGGACUGGAGCCGCGUGAACAAACCCCCUUACCCCAAACUGGGUGGAAAAAUGAAGAAGCUGGAGAACUGUAACUAUGCAGUGGAGCUCGGGAAGAACCAAGCCAAGUUCUCGUUGGUGGGCAUCGCUGGACAGGACCUGCAUGAGGGGAACCGCACGCUGACGCUGGCCCUGCUGUGGCAGCUGAUGAGGAGGUACACUCUGAAUAUCCUGGAGGAACUGGGCGAUGGGCAGAAGGUUACCGAUGACACCAUUGUUUCCUGGGUCAACAGUUCACUGACGGCGGCUGGCAAGGCCACCAUCUCUGGCUUUAAGGAUGCAUCCAUCAGCAGCAGCAUACCUGUCUUGGAUUUGAUUGAUGCCAUCCAACCCGGCUGUAUCCGCUAUGACCUGUUGAAGAUGGAGGACCUGUCUGAUGACGAGAAGCUCAACAAUGCCAAGUAUGCCAUCUCUAUGGCAAGAAAGAUUGGGGCACGGGUAUACGCCCUGCCAGAGGACCUGGUGGAGAUCAAGCCCAAGAUGGUGAUGACUGUGUUUGCUUGUCUGAUGGCCAGGGGCAUGAAGAGGGCAUGAGGAAAAAUCCAAAAAGCUGCUUGUCAGCAGAAUUUCACCAACUACUCCUGGAUUAAUCACCUACACACACAUCUAUGCAAACAUACAGUUACAGGUCUACAGAUUGAUACUCCUCAGAACAAUAUGUUCACUUGUAUGUUUUUCAGGGUCUUAAUAAAUGAUGCUUUGAAGGAAAAGAACAUUGCUGGCUUUCAGGUUACAUUGAGUUUCUUUCAGCUCAUAUUUGAUUUGGGCAGUUGCCCUGAAGUUUGGCUUCAUCAGUAAUGUUUACAAAAGCUUUCUUUCAUCAUUUUAGUAUUUACAUAGAAACUCUUUUGCAUUUUUGUAUCCAGCAACUAUGUUUCAAGAUCAAAUGAAAUAUGAUUAUGGCUUGAUAUUGAGGCAGUGGAACCAAGCACUGAAUAAACUUUUUCAGAAAAAGUA